AUGACUUCGACAAGCCAUACGCCAAUCUUAACGACAAACCCAUCUCGAACAUGUCGAAUUUGUCUUGACAGUGACCAUCAAGAGGAUUUGAUCAGUCCAUGUUUAUGCACUGGUGGUUCAGCAUAUGUUCAUCGAAAAUGUUUAGACAACUGGCGUGCGAUGGAUAAGUUCGGUCGCGCAUUUAACACUUGCGAAGUUUGCCAAUUUGAAUACGUCUAUGAAGCAAUUGUUGACGAUCCAGCGGCAGAUAAAAAAAGAUUGUGGAUCUUUCGUUUAUUCGUUACACGCGAUGUUUCACUCAUUCUCAUAUUAGUUCAAGCAAUUAUCGUUGGAUUGGCGUUUCUACUACAAUAUGCGGAUAGAAAUAGUUACACGAUAAGAAAUUAUUAUCCUCAUUCAAUGAGCUCAUUCGGCGUUUAUUAUCUGACUAGUUUAAUUUUAUUCUUCGCAUUAUUAGGUCUAUUUGGAUUGAUCGGAGCUUGUUGUGGAUUACUAUCCGAUAAUGAAACUCGAACAGGCGGUUGUGCAUGUUAUUAUUGUUAUUGUGCUCCUGUCGAUUGCAAUGGUUGUGGAGGAAAUCAGAACUGUAAUGGAAAUGGUAAUGCUGGUGGAGCUAUUGGAGUUGUUAUCAUCGUAUUGGCUGUAAUUGGUGUAUUCGUAGGGGUUAUUAUGAGUGUGAUCAUAUUUCGAAAAAUUAUGAAACGUCAUACAAAUCGAUUAUGGUUAAGGCAGGAAACGAAAAAAUAUAUUGUGAAAGACUUUCAAGGCAAAACACAUGAAUUAAGAAAUUUGCCAGCACGGCGAUCUGUUCCAUCGAACAUGCCUUUGCAAAAUCAAGUUUAUAAUCAACAAACACAAACGAAACCUUCGGCACCUUCGGCACCAUCUGCACCAGUAGCAACAAUUUCAAAAACGAUUGAUUGA